AUGAAGAAAGCUGUGAACUUGAGGGAGCUUUUAAAUGGUAAUACUAAAAAGCCUUCCAAUGACAAUGAAGGUGUCGAGGAUCAAACCGUAAGUUUUAUAGAUGAUUCGGAAAUCACUUCAAAUGAUUCGAUCAAUAUAUCUUUAGAACAAUCCUCUCCUUUAAUUAAAUCAAGUCAAGUUUCUCCAGUUCUACACGGCGAGAACUUACAAUCAAUGAAAGACUUUUUAAUGAAUAAAAAGAAUAAUAAUGAGAAUAAAAAACAAGACAAGGACAAAAACAUUGAAGUCAUUUUAUUGGAACCUGAAGAUGGACCUGAAGUAGAUGUGAUGGACAUUGACAAUGAAUCUGACAACAGUAGUCUUCAAAAUUUGACAAACCCUAAAAGGUUAGCUGAUCCGCCGAUGUAUAAAAAAACAAAGCUUACUGACAUAUUGGCAGGACCUAAAAAGGCUAUCAGCAUAUCAGACAAAGUCCAACCAGUAAAUAUUAAAAAUAACUCAACUUCAAAUAAUUCAACUUCAAAUAAUUCAACUUCAAAUAAUUCAACUUCAAAUAAUUCAAUGAAAAAGUUAUCAUCAGCUCAAAUUUUCUUGAUGAAUAAUAGAAAUUCAUCUAGCUCAAAGGAUAAAAGUAAAAUCGAAUUAUUAGAAACACCAUUACCUCUAAUUCAACUAACCAUACCUGAUAACGAUUUUGAUAAUGGAUUGAACGAUGAUAUUAUACUGCCACUGUGUAGAAUUCCACAGAAAGUAAAACCCACAUUUUUAUUUCAAGAGAAUGAUUAUAAAUCAAUUAAUCAAUCUACCCAGGAAACGAGCUUCAAACAAGUAGAAAAAGUCGAAAUAUUAGAAUCACCAUUAGAAGAUACUGCUAUUUAUAAUAAAAUACACACCAUUUGGCCAGAUUUUUUUAAACCCCAAUUAUUAAAAGAGGUUUUACUUGAACCAAAAAUAAAAUCUGAUAUCCAAAGUUGGUUAGCAAAGGCUUUCGAAAUGCUUAAAAAGAAUACCACAAGAAAUAAACUAUCAAAAACGCAAAAAUCAGAAGAUAAAGAUCUGGCUAACUUCAUUGUAUUCGAUGAUUUAUUGGACGAUAAUCCUAAUGAAGUGGAAGAAUUUGUCCCAUUAAUGAUAUUGCAUGGAAACGCUGUUGGUAAAAAUACUUUAUUAAAAAUAAUAAUGGAUUCUCUGAAUGGUCAAAUAUAUGAAGUAAAUACUUCAACUAACAGGGCAAAAAAAGAUAUCCUUGAUACGCUAUUAGAAUUUUCAACAAGUCACUAUGUCAAAGCAAAAGGUUCAAAAGGGUUGAUACUCUUAGAUGAUGUUGAUGUCCUAUUCAAAGAGCAUGAUAAAUUUUUCUGGCAGGGUAUAGAAAAGCUCCUAAAAUAUUCACGAAGACCGGUCGUUUUAACAUGUAGGGAUCUAGACUUCAUUCCCACCAAUUUAAUAGAUAUAGCUAUGGAAGAAAAUAGUUGCUUCCAGUUGAAAAGAGUUUCUCACAAUACAGUAGUUAAAACAUUAGAGCGACUUGGUCUAAAAGUUGGAUUCUCGAUUAAUAACUCUGUCCUUGAAUCGAUAGUAAGGAAAAACAAAAACGACAUCAGGAAGUGUCUAAUGGAUUUACAAUUUUAUUUGGUAUCUCCAGCUUCCUAUUAUCUAGAAAAUCAAAAAAUUGAUAAUGACGCUGAAGCAGCUAAUAACUUAGUUUAUUUUUCAGAUAGAAGUGAUCUUUCAUCAAUUUCCGACGUUCUUGAAUCCACAAUACGAUUUAAAUCUGCAAUCAAGGAAGGAUUUGAUAAUACUUUAAUGACAUCUGAUGCAAUAUAUUUGAAUAAGAAUUCAAUUGAUGAUCAGCAAAAAUGGAAAAAUGAUUAUAUGAUUGAUUAUAGAGUUCAUUUAAAAGAUGACAUAAAAACCGAAUUAAAGGACUUCGAAUUAAAUAUUGGAGGAUAUUUAAAUAAAUACUUGAGCAUAAAAAAUAAGAAACUAGUUACUAAGAAUUGUCCUAGUAAUAAGUUUAAAAGCAUUUUGACAUCAACUGUCUCAUUUUUGAAUACAAGACGUGCAUUUACUAGUAGAAAUUUUGAAACCACAACAAGAAGGACAAGAAAUUCAAAUUUGAAGAAAAUGCAAGAUAUUCUUGUUGGAUUCAAUCCAGAAAACAACCCACCAAGUUUUAAUGACACAACAAAUCUGGAUUUUUCAUUAUCAACUAAGAAAAAUAUAUCAACAUAUACCAACCCAUACGUGUUGUCUAUUGCAACUAGUGAGGAAAAAUCUAGAUUGUAUAAUAGACAGUUGUUCGUAAAUGCUAUUGCAGGUUUUCCAGAAAGCAGAUAUUCUGAGAUAUAUAAUAAAAUAGUAUUGGAAGGGCAUUUUAAACAAAACUUUUUUGAAGCUGAUCCAAAGAUCGUAAUAAAAAGCUGGGGUGACAGCCUUAUAAAUAAACAAUGA